AUGGUGGAUGCUGAAGUGGACGCGUCGGUGGGUGGGGGCUACCCCGCGACGCCAAAACGACGCGUGGGGCGGCCCACGACCAACACUCGCGAUGCGGCGAGGCAGUUUGAAGAGAAGGACUUGGCGGUGAAGCGCAUGACGCGACAAGCGACACGGACAGCCUUGAACGACGAUGAGACCGAACAGGCGACAAUCGCGAAGAAAGCAGUGGCCAGCGGCAGCGAUGGAAAAGCGAUGCUCCAGCGCGUUCUGGAGCUGCUGGACGCGUCACGCACCGAAAUGAAAGACAUGAGACAAAUCAUCACUGAACAGUUUGAAACCAUUAAAAAACAGCAAAAACUGAUUGAAGAGCUUCAGCAGCAAGGGGAAGACACGAAGCGCGAAGUUCUCGAUGCAAGAGAGGAGUUGCGUGAUGCAAAAGACCAAUUGAAGCAAGCAGUCGAGCAACUUGAAGCCAUCACGACACGCGUCGCGGAGUCCCCACAGCCAUCGUACGUGGACGUUGCGCGCUCCCCUCCGUCCUCGCAACCAAGCAACAUCAGGACCCUCUCAACAGGCAACACAACGCCGUCCAAUUUCACCGACACAUUCUACUGCACCAUCGAUACCUCGCGGGUUGGAAAUGGCGAAAACGACCAGGUUACGGCUGGGGCCAUUCGCAGCAUGGCCGAGGAGGAGAUCAGGGCCGAGCAAGGCCAGUCCAACUGGCGCUGCCGCGCCGUCAUCAAGGAUUCCAAGAAGCCCAACCGCGUCAAGAUUGCUUGCCGAGACGAAGCAGAGCAGAACAUGGUGAAGCGAAUUGUGGAAGCCAAGCUGCCACCGGGCGCGAGAGUGCUCAGAGACGAGCUCUAUCCUGUCAAAGUCGACCAUGUCAACCGAACAGCCGUCUUGGACGACUCGGGCGACAUCCGGCCGGGAGCUGCCGAGGCGUUUGGAAAGGUGUAUCUAUCCAAGGGGUCAGACGCCCAGAGGCUUCUUUCGGAGGGCUUCUUUUACGCCGGAGGAGAGUCGGGGUUUACCGGAGUCUUCGAACGUCGCCCUCGUCCCGACCAGUGCUAG